UAAAUUUGAUCUUCUAACUUCCCAAACUACAUUGUUUUUUUUAUCAACGACAAGUUACACAUUAUAGACUAAGUUUCCGUUUCCUUUUUCACUGUACCAUUCUUCUUGCUAAGUCCUUAAAUUUCCGUAAGGUAUCCCUACGCACACGUUAAGAUGGGUAGGGAGGACAAAGCAACUUGGAAGUCUAAUUACUUCACUAAACUUGUUCAACUCCUAGAUGACUAUCCAAAAUGUUUUAUCGUGGGAGCGGACAAUGUCGGCUCAAAGCAAAUGCAACAGAUCCGUAUGUCCUUGCGUGGAAACGCUGUGGUACUUAUGGGAAAAAAUACUAUGAUGCGUAAAGCUAUUCGUGGCCAUAUCGAACGAAAUGCUGCGUUGGAGAAACUAUUGCCUCAUAUUCGUGGCAAUGUUGGAUUUGUUUUUACGCGAGGUGACUUGAUAGAAGUACGUGAUAAAUUGUUAGAGAACAAAGUCAGAGCUCCAGCUAGAGCAGGUGCUAUCGCACCUUUGAGCGUCGUAAUUCCAGCUCAAAAUACUGGUCUUGGCCCAGAAAAAACUUCUUUCUUCCAAGCUUUGAGUAUACCGACCAAAAUUUCUAAGGGUACUAUUGAAAUUAUUAAUGACGUACAUAUUCUUAAACCUGGUGAUAAAGUAGGUGCUUCUGAAGCAACUCUUUUGAAUAUGUUGAACAUUUCUCCAUUUUCAUAUGGUUUACUUGUGGAACAAGUUUAUGAUUCUGGCACUAUUUUUGCACCCGAAAUUUUAGAUAUCAAACCUGAAGAUCUUCGUGAGAAAUUCUUAGCUGGUGUUGCAAACUUAGCAUCAGUUUGCUUAGCCAUUGGCUAUCCGACUGUUGCUAGCGCACCGCAUAGCAUUGCCAAUGGUUUCAAAAACUUACUGGCUGUUGCUGCUGUCACUGAUAUCGUGUUUCCUGAAGCUACAACAAUCAAAGAGUACAUUAAGGAUCCUAGCAAGUUUGCAGCUGUUACUGCUACUGUUGCUGCACCAGCUGCUACUGCUGAAGCUCCUGCUGCAGAAAAAAAAGAAGAAAAGAAAGAGGAAUCCGAUUCCGAGGAUGAUGACAUGGGCUUUGGACUUUUUGAUUAAACAAGAUGUUUUAACAACAGAGAUACUGCUGUCAUUUCUUAUGCCUGAUGUCCGAAUAAAGUGAACACUUUAUAGUAAA